GCUCUACGUUAAAUCUCAUGACCACUUUUUCAUGGAGAUGCUCGCGCUCCCCACCCCAUCAUCAAGCACGCGCAGUUUAGCGCGUCCACGUGGUGUAUCAAGUGUGUGCGAGACAUUACAGACGCUGCAUCACAGCUCAUUCAAUUUCUAUCCAGACGCCGACCAAUUCAGAGACAGCUAUGGCUUCCGGGGUGACAGUGACAGACGACGUUAUCACAGUCUUCAACGAGAUGAAAGUGCGCAAGUUGCAGGCAAAUGAGGAUGAGAAGAAGAAGAGGAAGAAGGCAGUGCUGUUCUGCCUUAGUGAGGACAAGAAGCACAUCAUCCUGGAGGAGGGUCAGGAGAUCCUGACAGGAGAUGUGGGCGUCACUGUCCAGGACCCCUACCUGCACUUCGUCAAGAUGCUGCCCCCAGAUGACUGCCGUUACGCCCUCUAUGACGCCACAUAUGAGACCAAGGAGACCAAGAAAGAGGACCUGGUCUUCAUCUUCUGGGCCCCAGAUGGUGCUCCCCUGAAGAGCAAGAUGAUCUACGCCAGCUCAAAAGAUGCCAUCAAGAAGAAGUUCACAGGUAUCAAACACGAGUGGCAAGUGAACGGUUUGGAAGACAUCAAGGAUCGACGCACCCUUGCAGACAAGCUCGGCGGCUCAUCGGUAGUCACCCUGGAAGGAAGCCCUAUAUAAAUCUAGCCCCGGGCUUCAACUGAAGCCAAACACAUCUGAGGGGUUUGGCUGUUCAUUCCAAUAUGGUUGGGAGGAGGGGCGACGCAGGACCAGGAUCAUUUGUGGGACUGUUGGGGUGGGGGGGGGGACAGUUUUCAAAUUCCAUAACUGCAGGCUUUCAUUCCAGUUCACACAACACAAUGAAAAUGAACAAAAUACACACAAAAAGGGGAAAAAAGCUAUAAAAUUCAAAAAAAAAAAAUACAAAAUUGAAGGAUUAUGAAGACUAAAUACACAAUGUAAAUGUUUGAGGACAGGGUUUUGUUCUCUCUGGAUUCCAUUAGAAUGACGAUCGCAGAGAAAGGGACCGGCAACAACUCCACAAAUCCAACUAUUGAAUCCUCCAAGAUAUUAUACUACUACCUUUUUUGCCUAACUUCUAGUUAAGUUUUCUAAGUGUGUGUAGCUGAGACUAGGUGUAGUACAAAACCAUUUAUUCUUGAUUGCACAAGAUUCAUCAACCUAUUCCAGGGGAACACAUUUGCUUUAAUUUUAUUUAUUUUUUACAUGCAAAUUCCAAAAAUGUUGACGUGAUUAGUUAUUUCCAGUUCUGAGUAAAAACAACAUGGCAUUGAUGUAAUAAUUUAACACAUUCCUCAAACAGGAUCUGGUAGGGUUAGAAGUCUGAAUUGGGUCAUGUGACGGUAACAUGGGGGUGAUUUAUUUGAAGAGCCUGUGUUCAGAACUUGGACUGGUAUUGAAUUGGUGGAUGUUUUGUAUGGUCUCCUUGUCUCUAAUAAAAAGGCACUAAAUGAGUAA